AUCAAGUACUAUAAUACAUUCACGAUUUAUAGUAACACAUCAUGGAUAGGCAUACAUUCUUUAGAAAUCGUGUUUUCUUAAUCGCUUUUGUAUUUUUAAUUUUAAUGUUGGUUGACACAUAUUGUGAUCCGCUAUCACCAUCAAACUGUGCAGGCGGGGAGUGUAAGAGUAAUACAGGUAAAGAUUCAGGUACAGAUACGGAUAACGAUUGUGUAGCUAAGUGUAAGUGCAUGGAACCAAAAGAAACCAAACAAUGCUUGAAGUGUAAGAAGAAAUGUCAAACUGAAUCAUCACCUGUUGAUAGUACUACUCCUGUUGUUGGUACUCCUACCGUGAUGACGACUACACCAACGUAUACAACAGCAACAACUGAAGCAACGUUUACGACUACACUCAAAAGCUUUAGCGGGAACCCUGGUACACAACCAAAUGAACUAUCAUCUGCAACAGGGCCAAGUAUGAGUAAACAUAUUCCAUUGAUAGACGGCAAGCCAAUCGACAAUAGGAGUUUUUUUAACAUCAACAAAGAUUUCAUAAUAGGUAUGGUUAUGGGUGCAAUAGCUGUCGCCAUCGUAGUAAUCGCCACAUCUAUCACGUGUUUCCUUUGCAAUGCGAAGAACCAGCGACUUCGAAGAGAAAUCAUGCAGAGUUAUGAGAAAAGGAAUGACAAAGAAGGCCUAGGUGGAUUUGGAAUGAUUGGAAAUGAAGCUUACUCAGGGACUAGUUUACGCGGGGGAAUGCUUUCGGCUUCUGCGUCGACUUUGCGAGUCUCAAACGAUGGCUACUACGCAAAGGUUGAAGACGACAACCUGCCAGAUCAUGACAACAGGAUGUCACACUGUAGUUUACCUGAUGUCAUGGAGAGGUCAGUCGAUCCAACGUCUGGAUAUGCCUUCUACAAACCAGACAGGCCGUCCGUUUACACCGGCUUCAAAGGACAUAAUAAACGAGCUAAAAAUACAAGUUACGGUUUACAUCGUAUUGAUCGACCAACUAUAUACACUGGUCUUAAAAGAGAUACGAACAACAGACAACCUGAAGAAAACAUGAGUGAACGUGUGUAUGCAGAAGCGCAAGAAGUUCUGCCAGAAAGAGUUUUAAAGGGAAAUGCAAGCAACGAGAAUCAAACUUGUCCGAUACAUACAUAUAUGAAAAUUAAUGAACCAAAUGGUCCAUCGACCGCCGCUGUUGCAACCUGUCCAAGUGCACCGCCUGUCGAUUUAGACCAAUCAGAUACCUUUCCUAACAUUACGUCACCAAUCUAUUUUCAGGUAGAAAAUGAAAAUGAAAAACAUGAUUAUCAAAUGCUGUUAAAAAACAACAACACCAAAGAUGGAAAUGAAGAUUUUUCAGAGCCACCUAAAUACCAGUCACUUGAAGAAAACAUUUCUGGAGGAUGUGUCAGUGACAACCAAACUCAUGAAUAUUUCACUCUUCAACAAUAAUCAGUGUGAAACGAAAAAUUGAUGACGUCACCACAUAAAAUAAGUUUCACCAUGGCCACGUAUAGCCGCUUCUGGUUAAAUGUUGUUACAUGGUACUGUUUAGUAAAACGUUUUUAAAAUAGUGGAUUGGUUAGAGAGUAGGCCUAUAUAAUUGAGUGGUGCUGGAGACCGUAAUGUCGCCUUUAACGUCGGUCACAACUAUGCCGACGUCCGGUCGACGUGAAUCUAGAGAACGCAAUGAGGAGAGACGCACGGAACUGCGAUUCGCUCAGAGUGCCACUCUGUCAGAUCAAUCAGCAGACGCUUCGUGUCGUCAAACGCUCAUAGGGAGCGCAGAUGGAUUCGUCGGCGGCCGAUUGUCGUACGACUCUCGUACAACAUAGUGUGUGCCCGGUUUUACAAUAUCAAUGCAAUAUUUUGUCGCGGAUCCUAUGGAUCUGUGGCUGUAUAUUAUUAUUUUCUUUGUACUAUAUUUCAUAUUUAUUAACGUUGACUUAAGAUUUGCUAUACUUAACAACACUGUAAAUAUUCCAGUUUUUAAUUUUUUCAGGCAAUUGUAUCGUUAAGCAGUUGUGUAUGAGUGUGUAAAGAUUACUUUAUAUAAACAUUAAGAAGCACUUUGUCAUUAAAAGAAAAACAGUAUUUAGAUCCGUACUUGGAUAUUUAUCAAGGUAAAUUGAUAAAUCGAUGAAGAUUAUUUCCAUGGCCAUACACACACACACAAACACCCACACCCACAGACAUAUAAAUAUAGGCCUAUAUAUAUAUAUAUAUAUAU